AUGAGGUUUCUUCCUACCGUUGCUGCCCUUACCGGCGUUGCCCUUACCGGCGCUGCCCUUACCGGCGCUGCCCCUACCGGCGCUGCCACUACCGACGCUAUCCUUACCGGCGCUGCCCCCCCUACCGGCGAUGCCCUUACCGGCGCUGCCCCCCCUACCGGCGAUGCCCUUACCGGCGCUGCCCCCCCUACCGGCGAUGCCCCUACCGGCGAUGCCCUUACCGGCGCUGCCCCCCCUACCGGCGAUGCCCCUACCGGCGAUGUCCUUACCGGCGAUUGCCCUACCGGCGCUGCCCCCCCUACCGGCGAUGCCCUUACCGGCGCUGCCCCCCCUACCGGCGAUGCCCUUGCCGGCGCUGCCCCUACCGGCGAUGCCCCUACCGGCGAUGCCCCUACCGGCGAUGCCCCUACCGGCGAUGCCCCUACCGGCGAUGCCCCUACCGGCGAUGCCCUUACCGGCGAUGCCCCUACCGACCUCCCUACUGCCCAACUUGACUUGUCCAAGUACAGCCUCUCCGAAAUUACCGCAGCUUACUUGGCUUAUACUGCGAAGGCAAUGUCCGGAAUCGACGGGACACCUCAGUCUUCGACUACGAAUGCUGGUAUACUAGACCACCGAGGUCACCCUACCUCUAAACCGGACUUUCGUCAUCCUCAAAUCCGCAUCCUCAACCUCCUCCACACUACCACCCUCCUCUACACCACGACCCUCCUCCACAUCACCAUACUUCUCCACAUCACCAUCAUCCUCAACAUCACCAUCCUCCAAUUUCUUCACAAGCUCGGACCCUUCCAAGUUGAGGCCCAAAACCAUCGAUAGGCCAUUGUUUGCCGAUAACAUGGUCCCAAAUGUAGUCUGCCGCACCGUAGUACUGAACCAAACCAAGUAAUAGAACCCCUGCGUACACCGCGAAAUAGGCCCAUAUGGACAGCUCCCCGGUCCGUCUUGCCGUUUCCGGACCCUGCUGUGAAUCCGGUGUGAUGGCCGUAGGAGAAUUCAUCGACGUGGGGAUUGAUGACAUCGGUGUUGUUGCUGUCGGACCCAUCAUAAAAGGGAGGACUGCGUCUUCAAUUCCCCAAACACCCGUAGCUG